AAGAAAAAGAUGAGACUAGCCCACCAAAAGACAAAGGUACAUGGAGAAAAAACAUUCCUCAUAUCAUGAGAAAAACGUUUGAGAAGAAGGCAUCUGCAGUUGGCACCUUUGGGGUCCGGCUGGAUGACUGUCCCCCAGCUCAGAGCAAUAAGUAUAUUCCACUCAUAGUUGAUAUAUGCUGCAAACUGGUUGAAGAAAGAGGUCUUGAAUAUACAGGCAUUUAUAGGGUUCCAGGGAAUAAUGCAGCUAUCUCAAGCAUGCAAGAGGAACUGAACAAAGGGAUGACAGACAUUGAUAUUCACGAUGAUAAAUGGCGAGACUUGAAUGUUAUAAGUAGUUUACUGAAAUCCUUCUUCAGAAAACUUCCGGAACCUCUCUUUACUAAUGGUGAGAUGUUGCUUUAA